UUCUGCCACCAUUUUGUGCUGUUGCUCACAGUGUAUCUGACUAAAUCAGCAUUAAAGCUGUUCUCCAGCCUUCUCACCGCUUCCUUUGCUGUGCAGUCAUAUUUUAUCACCUCAGAAUGCCGAUGCACGGCUCGCGUUGAUGGCUUCACCCACUUCUGCAGAUCAUCGCGGUGACUGAUGGGACACACAAUGUCCUGAAUCGCCAUGGGGACUUCCUCCAGAUACCACUCUCACUAAGCCAUUCUUAGAUCGCUAGAUUAUAAUUAGAGUAGUAUACAUAGAUUUUUACGUCAUCCCUGUGGUUGAUCUGCCUGAGCACAGAAAACAGUUAAUCCUGUAUCUGUCCUCCACAAUGCUUGCAGACCUACCCCCGGAGAUCAUCCAGCUCAUUGCAUGCUAUCUCCCAUCCGCCAGUGCGUUGGUGAACCUGUCCAGGACCUGUCACCGCCUGCAUGAGAUUCUUGCUGCAGAGAAUUGGCGCAUCUUCCGAGCCUUUGUCAGGACCAAGUUUCCCGGCGUUGUCACUCCGGAGAUAUGGAGAGAAGCUGCUCAGGCUCUCACCUCCCGUUCCAGAGCCCUGGACAAACAUGCAGUCAUCGCACGUUUUGUCGUUCCAGCCUCGGAGGCCGUCAAGGUCGGGUCUCAUCAAUCUCUGCGAGGCGACAACCCAACGCAUGGAUACCGCCCUGCCUUGGAUUCCUACGAAGUCUGGAAUAGCUCGGCUUGGAACGACCGAAAGGAAGUGCUUGCCUGGGGUGCAGCAGAUGAGGUAGUCCUGCGAAUCACAGAGCCCGGCGCUGGCCAGAAAGGGAAAUGGGUGGUUUUCAACGACCUGGACCACAUCAGCAGCCACGAUGACAUUUGCGGUGUUCAUCUUCUGCGUCCCGAACAUCAUGCCAAAGAACCCGACAAGGAACAUAUCAUCUUUGCUCGCGUGCGCGGCGAGCUUUUCCAUCUCUCCAUCGACCCGGAUGCAGCUUCUCAUGUGUACAAACAGCAGUUCAUGACUACCGGAUUGGGCAUCGAACGCACCGAUCUGAGUUAUGGAACGGACCCGAUUUUGUCUGCCCACUUGAGCACCGGAUCAAUCCUCUUCUACAGCACCACGUCGGAAGAGGAGAAAGUCCAGCCAUUCGCUCGUCUCAACACCGACUCAAGCGCUACUGAUGGCAACGCCGUCCGCAACAAGUACUCCAAGUUCCUCUCCCCCAGUCUCUUCGCCGUCAGUACAGGUCGGAUCCACGAUGCGAUUGCCAUUUCCACCAUCACCCCGGAACGCCAAUCACUCGAGCGCGAGCUCAGCGUGGAAUUAGUAGACUUUGAGAGACUCAACCUCCACACUCCCAUCAAGUCCAACGUCAACGCCAUCGCACCCCUCGAUCCCACCGGCCAGGUCUUCCUCGCAGCCUGGGGUGACCGAGCCGUCCGACUGCACGACCUGCGCUCCGACAAAGACUACGAAAAAGUCUACCACGACACCACCGACCAAAACCCCAUCUACUGCGUCCACCCCUUCGGACAUGACCGCUUCAUCGUCGGCGCCGGCGGCGACGCCCUAGUCAAGAUCUUCGACCUCCGCAUGCCCAAACAAGAAACAUACAGCUACCACGAUGCACGCCCCUCCCCAACCCCCACAAACUACAACAAACCCCUCACAACCAGCCUCUCCACCCUCUCUCUCACCAAUCCCUCCCUCAUCACCUCCCCCCGCAAAGACAUCUCCAUCUUCCUCUCCGCCCACCCCCCCACCAACCGCACCCGACCCCGCAACCAAAGCACCCGUUCCUACCGCGGCGCAAUCUACAGCAUGACCUCCCCCUCCCCCUCCUCACCCACCAUCUACACCGGCGUCGCUGACGGCGUCGUCCGACUCGAUUUCACUUCCACCGACGACCUCCAUGGCCCUUGCAAAUCCUGGUAUCGGGAUCCGCUCUCCAUCGACCUAAACACGCAUAGUCGUACCAAGCGCGCAGAUAGGAUUCUGGAGUUAUCGGGCUAUGAACGGCCUGAGAAUACGACUGCUUCUAUCACUCUGCGUACGCAGCAGACGUUCCGUUCUGUUGGGGAGGAUGAUGUCCUGGGUGAAGAGGUUACGGGGUGGGAUCGUCGGUGGCAGAGACUUGAGAAGCCGGGGGCUUGGAGGCGGGAGGAUUGAGUUGUGUGUGUUGCUGUGUAGUGUUUGAUUCAUGGUCUGGCUGUCUUUGUCGUUGUUCUGGUGCGCGGUAGAGGUGUCAUGGUGGAUAGAUGAUGUUUGGUUUAGGUUUUCGGAAGCUUCAACGUCGAGAUACGAUCUACGACGAUUGAUAUGCAUAUGGAUGUACAUUGUAUGAAGAAGAUACAUGGAAAAGUAGCAAAG